UCCUCCCUCAAUGUAUUGAUGAGCAUACUAUUGUACAUUUGUUGAAGAAUAGGCUAGGCUACUGUUCAUUGCUUAGACAGCAUUUUAAUUUCCGGGAGUUGUUUAGAUCGAACAGUCAGAGUUUUGUUGAUUAGGACUCCAGUAAAGUUUUGUGUCAUUUGAAGAUCUGUAAUUCGUGCAGAAAUUAUGGAGUAACUGCAAUUGUUGCCGAUCGUGCAACCUCCGGAUUUAGGCUACCGUGGGUUUAAAACGGAUCAGAAUGGGAAACACUGACAGCCAGUACAGCAACUUCAACGUCCCUGGGAAACCCAAACCCUGCUCUCUAAAGUUCCACUCCAUUAAGGAGGAAGUCCUGUCCCCCCAUAGCUGGUGGAGGGGCAGCGAGGGGGGCGGCCAGGGGUACAAAACCAGAAGCAAGGGAGGGAGGGUCAGCCUGCCCCAGCAGAAGAUCACUCACAACCAGCCUUAUGGCUUGUCGCAACACUACGAGCACCACAUCACCAAGGAGGGCAGGGGACUGAGAGGGCCCCCAGGAGCCYAGCUGAAGUCCAGCUCUCCGCAGUGUUGUGGCAGAGGGGACASCUCCCAAGUGACCAGGAAAAGCAGUGGUCAUAACGGCUAUGGUUUCCUGGAGAGUAGCGGGGAGAAUGUGAACGGUCUCGGUGCUAACGGGCAGCGCACCUCUGAGAUGACUUCUCUGUGUGAGCCAAUAGAGAGCCGCAGCAGCCCCAAGGUGCUCCUCAGUAAGGACGGCAGCAUGCGUGUGGAGUUCACCAAUGCCAGGAGGAUGUCUCUGGAGCCCCAGGGUCUGUCAGGCCACAGCCACAAUGCAGUAGCAGCCCCAGAGCCCUCUCUGACUAGGACCAGUAAGGGUAGCUCGCUCAGCUCCGAGGGCUCCUGGUACGACUCUCCUUGGGGGAACACCACAGAGCUCAACGAUAAUGUGUUCACAUGUAGUCAGACCGCAACGAGGGACAACAGUAGUGGCUACACCACCUACUCCUCCACGCGCACUGAGGAGACGGGCUGUGGCUUCAACACCUUCUCAUCCGCCCGUACUGAGGACAUGUCCCCGGGGUUCAACCCCAACCUCCUCUUCCAGACCAUGGAUAGUAAUGGUCAAUAUACAAGCCGAAGGUUUAACAGCAACGGGUAUAACUCUUGCUCUUUGGGCCGCACUGAGGACAGUGGCAUCGGAGAUUCUAUGAUCCUCUACCCGGAGCAGAGUCAGUUUAGCCUCAUCUCUCCUCCCGUGUCCCUAUCUGACCUCAGCAUGGCGGCUACAUACCCCACCCCUCACUUCCAGGACAUCCCCCAGCGCCGGGCGUCGCUGGCCUCGGUGCUGACCCUGGACGUGGUCGACCAGGAGGAGAGCUCAGAGUCGGGCGACCAGUGCUACUCCUCCGCUCACAGUCCCACGCUGCCCUGCAGGAGGGUCGCCGCCGAGCCUACCCCCAUCGCCGUCAGCAACAGCAGGAAGGACAACCUGAAGAGCCGCAUCCGGCGCCUCAGCGACUGGACAGGAAGUCUAAGCAGGAAGAAGAGAAGACUACAGGAGCCUUAUGGUAGUGAGGCCAGUGAAGGCUUUAUCAUUGGAGUGGAUCCUGGGUUAGGUGACUCCAGCUCCCAGGUAACUGGUCCAGUAUGGAACUCCCUCCACACCCAGACCCUAUCAGUCCGCUCUGGGGCCUCCAGGAGCCAACAGAUCCACAGUGACGCCUUGCGGCAGAACAUCUAUGAGAAUUUCAUGCAGGAGCUGGAGACAGGAGGCUACAGCGGGACGGAGCGGACCGAGCCCUCGGAGGAUGGAGAGGGGGAGGACAUGGGAGGAGCAGGGGGAAUAGGAGGGGGGGAACAGGGGGAGAGUAGUGGCAGUGGCUCCCUGGGCUCUCUGGAGCAGCUGGACCUGCUGUUUGAGAAGGAGCAGGGGGUGGUACGCAGGGCCGGCUGGCUCUCCAUCAAACCCCUCCUCACCCUGCAUAAGGACAGGAAGCUGGAGCUCGUGGCCCGCAGGAAGUGGAGGCAGUACUGGGUCACACUCAAAGGGUGUACCCUUCUGUUCUAUGAGACCUAUGGGAAAAGCAGCUGUCCCGAGCAGGAGCUGUCCCCGCGCUACGCCCUGCUUGCUGAGGACAGCAUAGUCCAGGCGAUCCCUGAACACCCCAAGAAGGAGAACGUCUUCUGCCUGAGCAACGGCUACGGAGAUGUCUAUCUGUUGCAGGCUGCUAAUCAGACAGACCUGGAGAACUGGGUGACAGCCAUCCACUCUGCCAGUGCCUCUCUGCUGGCUAAGAGACAGGGGAAGGAGGACACGGUGCGGUUACUGAGGAGCCAGACCGGCGCCCUGCUGCAGAAGAUAGACAUGGACAGCAAGAUGAAGAAGAUGGCUGAGUUGCAGCUGUCUGUCAUCAGUGACCAAAGGAACAGGAAGGCCAUCAAGAGCCAGAUCCAGCAAUGGGAGCAGAACCUGGAGAAGUUCAACAUGGACCUGUUCCGGAUGCGCUGUUACCUGGCCAGCCUGCAGGGCAGUGAGCUCCCCAACCCCAAGAGUCUCCUGGCCGUGGCCGGACGGCCCUCCAAGACCACCCUGGGACGCCUGGGGAUCUUCUCUGUCUCCUCCUUUCAUGCCCUGAUCUGCACCCGUGACGAGGCGACCCUGCGGAGGCGUUGCCAAUCUCUUUCCCGGGGGACACGGAACAAGAGGGGUAUCUUCUCUUCCCUCAAGGGUCUGGACAGCCUGACCAAACGCAGCAAGGAGAAGAGGCAGUCCGUGUCCCAGGUUGUUGAAGGACAAAGUGUUGGAGUGCCUGCUGGCCAUGUCCUCAACCACAGCAGCUCUGAGAGAUUGGACGCUCUUGCCAAAAUGCAGUUGAUAGCACCACCUAAAGGCAACCCUUGGUACAGRAGUUUGGAAACUCCAGUCUGUGUGAAUAUGCCCGAAAGCCAAACAGUUACUCUGCACAUCAAACCCGAUUUCCUCGUAUCAGAUGUGCUAUCUUUGGCCUGUAAGGACAGGCACCUGGACCCGAGCCAGCACUGCCUGCGUGUGAGAAGGCUGGUGGGUCAGGACACAGAGACCAGCUCCCCAGCACUCACAGACCCACUACGAGACCUGGUGUAUGAUGAGCUAGAGGUCUUCCCGCUCAAUGUUUUCACCAUACAGCUGUCCCGCCCAGACACAGCAGUGGACUUUGGCUUUGCUGUGACCGGCCAUGUAGACGGAACCAGGAAAGGCCAUGUCUAUGUGAGUYAGGUAACUCCAGAGGGACUGGCUUUCACUGAAGGUCUGAGAGCGGGGGAUGAGAUCCUGUUUCUGAAUGGGACCAGUGUGUCCUCCCUGGACAUGGGUCUGAUGCACCUGUUGUUCAGCCACCAGACCCUCCAUCUGUUGCUCAGACGAGAGGACACGACCACUGAGGACCAUACCUUUGUCUGGCCAGACUGUGGCCCCUGGCAGCCAGCACCACCGCCACCCAGCCACUGUGGCCCCUGGCAGCCAGCACCACCACCAUCCAGCCACUGUGGCCCCUGGCAGCCAGCACCACCGCCACCCAGCCACUGUGGCCCCUGGCAGCCAGCACCACCGCCACCCAGCCACUGUGGCCCCUGGCCUACAGAUAUGCCGCUGCCCCAGGAGCUUCCAGACUGCUCUGUAAAGUCUCCCUUUCAGGAGCUGUCACAACAACCACAACCCGCUGAUGGGACGGAGCAGCUCGGCCAGAAUGUUGAAACGGUGUGCUCGCUGAACCAGACCUUCCCAGAGGGCCGUGGGGCAGCGGGGACAGUGGUGGUGGAGGGCCAGAGGAACCCCUACUCCAUGGAGCCCCCUGGUCCCCAGACGCCCCCCUGCCCCAGACACAUGUCCAUCUCUGAGAGGCUCUGUAAGGUCAUACAGGAAUUGGUGGACACAGAGAAGUCCUACGUCAAGGACCUGGGCUGUCUGUUUGACAUCUACCUGACACCUCUACAGAGUGAGACCUUCCUCAGCCACGAUGAGAUGGAGUCUCUGUUUGGCAGUCUGCCUGAGAUGCUGGACUUCCAGAGAGUGUUCCUACACACCCUGGAGGAGCGCAUCGCCUCCUCCCCCAACUUCAGCUCCCUGGAGACUCCGGAACAAUUCAAGAAACUUCUUCUCUCGCUGGGGGGCUCCUUCCUCUACUAUGCCGACCACUUCAAGCUCUACAGCGGCUUCUGUGCCAACCACAUCAAAGUCCAGAAGGUUCUGGAACGAGCGAAGACGGACCGGGCCUUCAAGCAGUUCCUGGAGGCGAGAAACCCCACCAAGCAGCACUCAUCCACCCUGGAGUCCUACCUCAUUAAGCCAGUCCAGAGAGUGCUCAAGUACCCCCUGCUGCUCAGACAGCUGGUCUCCCUGACCGACUCAGAGAGCGAGCAGCACAGCCACCUCACAGAGGCCCUGAGAGCCAUGGAGAAGGUGGCCAGUCACAUCAAUGAGAUGCAGAAGAUCUACGAGGACUACGGAACUGUGUUUGACCAGCUYGUGGCAGAGCAGAGUGGCCCUGAGAAAGAGGUUACAGAGAUCUCCAUGGGAGAGUUCCUCAUCCACUCCUCAUUAAAAUGGCUCAACCCUCUCCCCUCUCUGGGUCGCAUGAGGAAACAUCCUGAGCUAACGCUGUUUGUUUUCAAGAGAGCGGUGAUCCUGGUGUACCGUGAGCGCAGCAAGAUGAGAAAGAGGAUGACCACGUCACGCUCAGGGGACCUGGAGGCCUUCAAGUUCCGCUGGCUCGUCCCGGUGUCGGCGGUGCAGGUCCGCCUGGGGAACGCAGCAGGAACGGAGAGCCCAUGUAUCUGGGAGCUGGUCCAUACCAAGUCUCAGGUGGAGGGGAGACCAGAGACCGUGUUCCAGCUCUGCAGCAGUGGUUUGGAGAAUAAGGCCAGUGUAGUGAAAGCUCUUCGCUCCCUUCGAGACUGGACCUGUAGGCCCCUCCUAUCAGAAAGAGGUUCUAGAGAGUACCUAGGCUCCCUCCGUAGGACCCAGCCUGCACCGGUCAGUGCCGGCUCCUGGAGAAGACAACAGGAACUGCAGGCCAUGAGGACUGCAAGCCACCAGCACCACUCUGACGACGGCAGUGUGUCCAGUGGUGCAACCCAACCCUGCCCGGGAGACACACACUCGGAGCCCCAGUUUCACAUCCGCUCCACCACGGGCCUCCCCAGCCUGGAGGGCACCACGCUGGGAAAGAGGGCCCGGCUGUGCUCCCUGACCAGCGCCCUGGAGGCGCAGCUCCAGAGACUCAACUUCACAGAGGAGGCCGGGCCGAGGAGUGCUGCGUCCCAGCAGGAGCACCUCAGACAGGGGCCCCACCAGCCACUUCCUGCUGCCCAGAGGAGGGCUAGCAGUCUGCAGGGUCCAGGAGGGCAGGAUAGUGACCCCCAGUGUGUGGACCUUAAUGCCCUACUGGGGAGGGACUUCAGUGUGCAGAGCCUGACCUCUGUGGUCAAUGAGAACUGCUUCUAUGACACAGUUAUGGGGAUCCAGAAGGCGGCCAUUCCAACACUAUAGGGGCCCUAGAAGUUGCCCCUAGACGCUGAUCUUGGGUCAGUUUUCCCCACUAAUGGUUAACAAUAGGAUUGGGGGACAGCUGAUCCUAGAUCUGUACCAAGGGAAACUUCACCCAGAGAGCUGAUGAACACUAUAGAAGGUACACUCCUGUACCUGUCUAGACCCUGAUCGCACUGACUACUGGUCAAGGUACUAUGGACUAGAAGAUGAAUCUCCUUAAUGUGUUUACUCUGACUGGUGAGUAGGCUACGAUUGAAGAACUGAGCUCUGAUCACAGUUACUUGACUUUGACUUUAUCCUUUUAUCUCCUAGUGGAGCAAAGGCCUCAAGAUCACACUGUGACAGUAUAUACAGUGCAUUUGGAAAGUAUUCAGACCCCUUGACUUUUUCCACAUUUUGUUACGUUACAGCC